AUCCGCGUACAUCUCUCUGUCGUUCGUUACCGUUGUUUGCUGACCUUCUAUCCGAUCGAACAUGACCACUGGAUAACCAGCCGAUAUCCCCUUGCCAUGACUAAUUUAGUACGGAAACCGGGCUUGCCGGAUGCGCUUUUCCCAUCCGUCUGCCCUCCGUCCUGCUCGCAACUGUUCCAUGCCGAAGAGGCGGUACUGAACGAUUCUCUCAGUGACCGCUGCAGCUGUGUCUGUCCAUCUACGGCACCUGUGUAUCUGAACACUGCUGGCUACUGCGUCGAUCGUCUAGUAGCCAUGAGCUGGAGAUUCCAGAAUACAGGCGCUCAUCCUUUGUCUGGAAAGUGGGAGAAAAUUGUGACUGGAAUUUUUCAAAACCAUAGCUCUCACCACUACCCGUGUGCAUUUCAGUUUCGUGGUUCAGAAUCGGAUGUGGCCAUUCUUACGGGAUCUGUCGUUCAGUUGAAACUGUCCUGCACUGGUUUCGCUCCUGACGAGCACUGCCUAUCGUUCAGAGUGGCUGGAGUAUCCGGUUCCAGUCCUUACCUUCUUCCUUCGACAACGCUUUCCAUUGCCGGAUCAUUUGUGGUGUGGCAUUUAUGCUGGCGAAUCAAAAAGCGGCAGCUUAUUUCCGACAUUCAAAUGCAGUUCUUGUUUCAUCUACAGCAACAGCAUGAGGCUCAAAAGGUAACGGUAGAAAACUGGCGAGAAUCUUUAGCAUUAGAUGCAUUCGAUUCAGAUAGCAGCACCAAGAUCCCUAAGCGACGGCUAUACUUCAGUGCUGAGUACCUGGAUGAUGCGAUGAUGGCAAACCCCCCACCCGUGGCUGAACAAUUUCUGGCAGAUCUCCGACGGGUAAUCGAAGUGGCCAGAGAACGGAUAAGGAUGCGUCGAUUUGUCCCGAUGCUUAUCACGAUCCCUGAGGAUCACGAAGAGACCAAAUCGGAGAAAACUGAGCCGACCAAUCAACAAGAGUCACCUAAAAGUGACAAAUCGGUGGACAGCGGGAGGGAAUCACACGACUCGAGUCGAGACGAUGAGGAUGAUCAUCCCAUCAAAACCAAGCAGCCGUGGAUGGAGCCCUCAGGUCCAGAACGCAUCAGCAGUGUACGCAGCAUCGUUAGUGGUAUGGUUUUUCUGAGAUUCCAUAUGAUUAAAUCUUGA